CACUUCAAUACCGGGCACUUUCACCCCCUUCCUGCCAAUUUUCAGGUUUCAGCGCUCUCACAUUUUGAAUGACAAUUGCGCAGUCAUGCGACACUGUACCCAAACUACAUUUUUAUCAUUUUGUUCAUAUAACUAGAGCUUUCUUUUGGUGGUAUUUAAUCACCACCAGGGUUUUUAUUUUUUUGCUAAAUUAAACAAAAGACUGAAAAUUCUGAAGAAAAAAGUUUUUGUUUCGGUUAUAAAAGUUUGCAAAUAAAUAAUUUUUCUUCAUAAAUUUAGGCCGAGAUGUA